CAACCUAGCAACCAAGUCACCUGGCAACCAUGUGGUGCUGCUCGGCUGUGGACGUAUACGUCAGCAACCCGCACGGGGAGGACACGGAGAACGUCAAGGGCUGCUUCAUUUCCGGUUGUACCGGCGGGACGCUCUCCCGGAAAAUUACGCCGAAAACAGCGCCACCUAAGGAGAAGAAGAAGAUCGUGGUGCCGUCCCCGUACAUGUUCAUGCACAUCGACGAUCACGUGCGGAAGAAAACUGUGCGCACCGGGGCUCCAGUCACAUCAAGCCCAAAGUCUCAAGACAUUAUACUCGAAGAGGUUGAAGAAAAUGAUUACCCUAAGGCGACGCCAGUGGACGUCGCUAAGAACGUGAAGAGUCUGGUCACCUACUUGGUUGGUCCCUGUAAGUCCGACAUCGAGAAGGUUCGAGCAUUCUACUACUGGAUAUGCAACAACAUCGGAUUUGACCGGAAAUACGUCUAUCCGAAACGCGAAAGUCCGAAUGAUCCAAACGUUAUUCUACGUCACGGCACAGCAGCGUCAUCGGAGGGCUACACCAACCUGUUCUCAGCGCUAUGCAGGUCAGUGUCGAUCCCGGUGAAAAAGCUCAAGGGUUAUGUGAAGGACACCAAGUUUGACCCGGAAGAGCCGUUCACGCAGCUGGAUGAGCCGGAGCACGCCUGGAACGCCGUGUAUGUGGGUCACGACUGGAGGUUCGUAGACUGCGCCUGGGGAGCGGGCUUCGAGGACGAGGAGGGUAUCUACCAUCGGCGAUACGAGGAGUUCUGGUUUAUGACGGACCCGGAGAAUUUCAUCAACGACCACUUCCCGUACCUGCGCAACGACCCGAUGUCGUCCGAGAUGUGGCAGUUGCUGAAGCGACCGGUGUCUCUCGAGGAGUACAACAAGACGGUUCGUGUCGAGGCCGUAACCAAGGACUGGGGCGUCGAGUUCUCACACCGGGAACCGAUCAUCGUAUUCCGGAAGGAAUUGCAUAUCAUCGUCAAGACGACCAUCGUGCCGAUCAUGCAAAUCACCGCGACGCUUGACACGUCGGACAAGGUGAACAUGGACGCCUACGUGGCGACCUUCCGGGACUCCGAGGACCACUACAAGAUCCUCGUGCGCCCGCCGUCGCCAGGGGUGUACAUCCUGAAACUUGCCGGAAAGCGCGAGGGGGACACGGCGCCGCGAACGCCGGGGCUCGUGAAGUAUAUUCUUAAGUGUACGGACAUAAACAAUCUCGUUAAAACGUUUCCGUUUUCGUACACCGCCGCUCAGACAUUUCAAGUGUGUAUUCUGGAGCCCACAUAUCGAGACCUCGAGCCGAACGCGCCCAUUAAGUUCCGCAUCGCGUCCCCAUUUCUCGGCGAUGUGUUCAUCGAGGACAUUGUACUCGAGAAAAUCGACGAUUAUACAUGGGAGGGUGAAAUACUCACUCCGAAAAAGAGCGGACAGUACUUGGUCGUAUACGGAACCACGUCGGAAACUGCCGAUCAUCGACGAAAACAGCCUCUGUACAAAUUCAAUAUCUUGUAGUUAAAAUAUCGUUACUUUUAAACUAUUCUUGUACACACAGGUCACGUUGUCGGAACGAAUGGCAUGUGUAUAUGUGUGUGCUUUCGCUGAUAAUUGACUGGAUUAAGAAAUUUUUUUCAAUGUUCCUGACGAGUUUAAAGAUUAACACAUUUUUUCGUAGUUUUAAUACACAAAUAGUUUCUUUAAAAUGGAACGGUAUUUGGAAUGCAUAAAAUAAUAAUAAAAAAUACUUAUAUAGAAAAUAUAGUAACGGUUAUUAAAAAAAAUCCUUUGUCAAGAGUUGACCUACGGA